CAAUUGGAUGUUAAGCGUGAACCAGUAACCACUACCACCACUCCACCUCCUUCUCCUACUCUUCCACUACGACCACUGAAUUUUAUUCGAUGGCAGAGUUGACUCAGCCCGAGGUUGUAUACUCACCUCGUUCUCUUCAACUAUGGAGGACGCUCUGGAACUGGCUCGCUUUCUUUUUCCAGAUCUUCCUCCAGAUCGUUAGAGCCUUAGGACACCUUCCUCUACUCUCUUCUGCUUCUUCCUCUUUCAAGCCUUUGCCAGUCGUUGAGUUGCCGGAGACUCACUCUUCCGCGACUCUUGAGAUCACCGCCGGCCCCGACUCCAUUCCCAUCGAUGAGCCUAUCAAAAAACUCACGGUGGUUCUUGACUUGGAUGAAACUCUAGUAUGUGCAUAUGAGACUUGUAGUUUGCCAGCUAAUCUACGUAAUCAAGCGACAGAAGCUGGCCUGAAGUGGUUUGAACUGGAAUGCAUAUCUUCAGACAAGGUUUCAUAUGUUCUAGUGCCUGAAUGUGAAGGGAAACCUAAGAUAAGUUAUGUUACAGUGUUUGAGCGUCCAGGGUUGGCCGAAUUCCUAAAACAACUGAGUGAAUUUACUGAUCUUGUGCUGUUUACUGCUGGCCUUGAAGGUUAUGCUAAACCCCUUGUGGAUAGAAUAGAUAUGGACAAUCUAUUUAGCCUUCGCCUUUACCGGCCUUCAACGAUUAGCACGGAGUAUAGGGAGCAUGUGAAGGAUCUCUCUUGCAUAUCAAAGGAUCCUUGCCGGACUGUUAUAGUCGACAACAACCCCUUUAGUUUCUUGUUGCAACCAUUGAAUGGAAUCCCUUGCAUCCCUUUUUCGGCUGGUCAACCAUACGAUACACAGCUUCUCGAUGUACUUCUUCCGCUCCUUAAGCACCUGUCUAAUCAGAAAGAUGUGAGACCUGUGCUAUAUGAAAGAUUCCACAUGCCUGAAUGGUUUCAAAAGCAGGGGAUCCCUGCUUCUGGCUGGACAUAGUAGGACUAAGAUAGAAUGCAGAUAAAAGCCACCAUCCUUUUGCUAUGGACAGGCAGCAUUUUGGGGUAAUUUUUUCCAGCGGUCACUGAACUUUAGUGCUUGUUUCAUUGCGGUUGCUAAAUUUAAUUUUGCUUCGUAAAAAUGACUUGAUUUCCUAUUUAAAUUUCAAACAGUAACUCUCGUCAUUCGGUGAAAUCUCUCCAAUUGAGUGUCUAUGUGGCUUCUCCUACAUUGAUUAAAUUAAAAAAAAAAGAAGAAGAAGAUCCUUUGCAAUGUAGGUUAGGGAGAUAUUUAUAGGCCUUUAUAAUCCUACAUCGCAAAGAAUUUUUUUUUAAUUUUUUUAAUUUAGUCCACGCAGGAGAAGCCACGCAUUUAACUGGAAAUUCGAUGAGAGUCAAGGUUUGAAACGUAUAUAGGAAGUUGAAUGACUUUUAUAAGAUAAAAUUAAGUUUCAUGACCGCAAUGGAGCAACACUAAAAUUUAGUGACUGGGUAAAAAUUAUCCCAGCAAUUUGUGUAGAAAACACAAGUUUUGUAUAGUAUUAAUUUGUAUGCCCGUCAUUCGUCGAAGUCGAAGUGCAUGCAGUUUCAGGAAAAGAAUUCAUGUGCUGCUUUCAUUGGCCAAAUAAGCACAACAGUUUUUUCUGUAGAUUUGUUAAUACUCUGAUUCUUACUGUAAUUCUGUUUAUAGGUUUGCAGUCAGCUCAAUGUUUAUUUAUCUUUCUCAGUUCUGUAAAUCGUUGCUUUAUCAAUGGUUAUUAGUCGUUCACACA